AAAUGUGUGUCUGUGAACUCAAAAUAUGAGGGUGGAUUUUAAUUUACUUAGAAACACGAAGCAAUCCUGAUCUGAAAAACUCUUCAGUGUUUUUUAUUGCUUCUACAGUUUAUCUACUUAAUUUUCAUGUGUCUCUCAACUGAACAUAUCCUGACAAGAUAUAAGGAGAUAGUAAGUGGGUCAUUCAGUCAAUCUGAGUUCAAAAGUUUAUCAGUUUCUAAAAACUUUUUAUUGGUCCUAAAGAUUCACUCCAAUUCUCUUCUGAUGAAUGGAGUGACAAGGAGCAUAAUGACAGAGUUAUUUCAGAAAAUGGAUCUGUAGGAUGUAAUCAGACUGUAUUACUACAGUUUGUCAGCAAAUAUACAGCACAGAUCAGGCAUGAUGAAGGCAAAUCACUCUUUGACAACAGAGUUCAUCCUCAUAGGAUUCACAGAUCACACAGAUCUGAAGACACUUCUGUUCCUGCUGUUCUCUGCCAUCUAUCUGGUCACCAUGGUGGGGAAUCUUGGGCUGGUGGCUGUGAUCUACAUGGAGCCUUGUCUCCACACACCCAUGUACAUCUUUCUGGGCAACCUGGCUCUGAUGGACUCCUGCUGCUCCUGUGCCAUCACUCCCAAGAUGCUAGAGAACUUCUUUUCUGUGGACAGAAAGAUUUCUCUCUGUGAAUGCAUGGUACAGUUCUAUUUUCUCUGUCUUGCUGAAACUGCAGACUGCUUUCUUCUGGCAGCGAUGGCCUAUGACCGCUAUGUGGCCAUAUGCAACCCUCUGCAGUACCACAGCAUGAUGUCCAAGAAGCUCUCCAUUCAGAUGAGUAUAGGCACAUUCCUAGCCAGUAACCUGCAUUCCUUGAUCCAUACAGGCUGUCUGUUAAGAUUAAAUUUCUGUAAAUCUAAAAGAAUUGAACACUUCUUCUGUGAUAUUCUUCCCUUGUAUAAACUCUCCUGUACAGACCCAUUUAUCAAUGAACUAAUGUUAUAUAUUUUUUCAAUGCCAAUUCAAGUCUUCACCAUUACCACUGUCUUGGUCUCUUACUGCUGCAUUCUUCUCACUAUUUUCAAGAUGAAAUCCAAGGAUGGCAGAGGAAAAGCACUUUCUACCUGUGCAUCCCACUUUUUUUCUGUGUCAAUAUUCUACAUUUGUCUUCUCAUGUAUAUUGGACCAUCCAAAAAUAGUAAUAAAGACAUACCUGUAGGUGUAUUUUAUACAAUAAUAAUUCCUUUGUUAAACCCUUUUAUUUACAGCCUGAGAAAUAAGGAGGUAGUAAAUGCUGUUAAGAAAGUUAUGAAAACUCAUAGUAUCUUUAAAAAUGCUUCAGCUUCUAUAGCACACUAAUUCCAGCUCAUUAAAAUGAUUUUAAUAUACAAUAUAGAAAAAUGAAAACAUAAUUGA